GGGGCGCGGGGCGCUCCCGGCGCGGGCGGGCGGGCCGCGGGCAGGGCUGGGGGCCGGCGGCAGGUGCCCGGGCGUCCCCGCUCCUCCACCUGCGCCACCUCUGCUGGCGUCUCUUGGCAAGUUUGUCGGGCCCCCUUUUGCGGACAUCCUUGGCCGGUCAGCAGAGUCCAGAUCGGUCAGUAAAUAGAAAACUCGAGCUGGAGGAGGAGGAAGAGGAAGCGUGUGGGAACCUGGUCCAGGAUGGGAGUCUCUUUGAGGGCAGUGGUGGCUUGGACAUCUUUCUUGGCUCUCUCCCACCUCGGUUUCCACACCUGGAUUGUCAACUAGGGCAAAUUGUCACCAAUGGCAGUAAAACUUGUUUUCUGGGGGUCCAGAGUGUCUUCCUCUGAACGAGCCCCAGGCUGCCUCGCUGUCUAAUGUUAUCCCUGUCCGUGGAAAGAAGCUGUGGGAGAAGAGGUUUGUCCUAGGACACAUGGGAUACAUUUUGCUGGUACUAAUUAGUGUUCAUAAACCCUAUGAGCACCUGGAGCCUGGACGCAUCCAACAUCUUUUCUGAUGCAAAAGUUGCAGGUGGAAAGUGGAUAAAGCCAGUAUUUCCAUUAAGAACCAGAAAUGUUAAUUUAAAGAAGUCUUGGAAAACUGUGUGCCUCUGUGAAAGGGAACUGGGUGGCAGGUCUCAUGGACUAAUUGGCUCUCAUUCAGCAGGAACCUAACAGAUAAGUCAUCCUGCUGUAUGUCAAGACAAUGCUUGGUUUUAAAACUGCUCUGAAAAUGAUUAUAGCAGUAUCACAAUGUGACAUUGUCAGGGGGUGACAAGCAGCUUGAGAAUUUCCUAUUAAUCAAAGAGCAGCUUGAAGGAAGCCCCUUUCCAUUAAGGAGGACUGCAUGGCAGGCAGCCCCCACUGACCGGUUGAAAAUGAGUGUCCCAGUGGCCCCUAAGAAAUCAUAUUACACUCAGUUGCGGGACAACAGAAAUGGAGUGAAAAAUAAUAAUGAGAGUAUCCUAAGUCUGGGAGAUACCAAUGCCAAUCAAAUCAUGUUGGAGGUCAGUUCCUCUCGUGAUGAGUCUGAGACAUGUGACCUGAGAGAUGAAAUUGGAAAUGCAAAUACAAGUGAGCCGGAAAAUGGUACCCAUUUCCAUAAGGAAUUUCACCAACUUCAGGGCUUUGGGAAGGGAUCUCAGGCUGGCCCCACGAGCCUGAAAGAUUUUAAAUCUUCUUCAACCGUUCAUAGAGAGCUAAAUGAGGAGCACACAAUGGAGAGAGGCACAGAUAUCCCACAGACCCCUCAGAGUAUUCAGGGACCAAGUCUGUCAAGUUGGAGGAAUGUCAUGGGCGAGUACAGUCUAGAGGUUUCGGCUAAAAGGGAUGCCGAAAUUCCCCGGCAUGUUCCAAAGGAUAAAUUGGCAAAGACCCUUGACAAUGAGGAGUUGAGAAGGCAUUCCUUGGAACGAGCAAGCAGCAUUGCUGUUGCAGUGGACGCGCUCACAAAGGAGCGUAUUGGGAGCCUGACUCGGCAGUUUCCUCAGCCUACACCGCUGGACUCCCCUGAAGCCCCCUGUCACAUGCCUGAUGGUAGAGAGGGGCCACAGAAGACAUUGGCAGCCCCCUCUCUAAGGGCAGCUUUUCCUUCAGCUGACAAUACCUCAGAGGGAAAGAGUGUGCAUCAUCCUAAACCAUCUACCUCAGAAACCAAGGAGACCACCUCCUCGGAGACCCAGAUGGAGGGGGCACAUGUAUCGAAAGUCAACGACAAGAGCACAUCAUGUUCUGCCCAUUCAGAGCAUGCUCUGAGUUCAACUUCAGCAUCAAAGGAGGUCCCGAGUAAGCCAGAAGCACAAUUAGGUCAGGGAAAGGCCGAGUCCAGGACGGAGCUGAAAUUUGUCCAACCCAGGGCCGUGCAGGAAUUAAAGUCAGCCCAGGCGGAGGGUCUGGGAUGUCCUAAGGAAGAUAGUGUGUUACCCCUAGAGAGAGAGGGGCCGUGUAGGGAAGCACAGCAAGAAGCCACCGCCUGUGCACUUAGCCGUCUGUCACACGGCAGUCUCCACCAUGUUGGCGUGGGAAGAGGCAGGAGUAGCGAGCAGGAAAAGAGAGCAGUCAGCCUAGGUGAGGGGGGGCCUCUUCACACCAGUCCCCCACAGGGCCCUGCUUCCUUGGGAGCCGCUGAUAAUCAGCCCACUGGCAAAAUUUCACCAAGUGCAGCUAGGAAAUUGGGUGAAACGGCGUCCAGCAGCGUUCCCCCAGGUGAUGGUCAUGUAGCUCUUAUUCCUAAAGAUCCAGCUGAUGGCAGGCCCUCCGAUGGCAGUGAGGAGAGACUGGUGCUGGGCACUGGGAGCAGGGACAGUGCUCCAGUUUCCACUUCAGAUCCUUCUGUUGGAGGGAGCAAAGCUGCGGUCCCUGAGCCCCGUGACCCUCAAAGCAGCAGCUCAGAAGCAGGGCAGAGCAAAGAGAUCACUACAUCUGUUGCCGAAAGUAGGAACCUUCUAGAAAAUGCAAUUAAGACUGAAAGUUACCCAGCAAGAAAAGAUUCUCUUCUCAAUGUCCCAGGACCCCUCCACCCAGAGACAACUGUGAAUGUGACCCACCAGCCUACACCACCCAGUAGCAGUUUUCAGGACUUCGGCGUGUUGAGUGUGGACACGGGGUCACUCUCAGCUGCCCCACCUUCUACCGACAGCACACGGUUGUUGACCACUUCCCCGAAAGUGCCUGACAAGAACACCUGCCCCACUGGGAUCCCCAAGCCCGUCUUCACACAUUCCGAGGACGCACCCUCCACACAGGAGGGGACGGAGAGCCGCCAGGUGGAAAAGAUGGAAGAAAGGACAGAACCCAAGCCCAUCAUUAUGCCCAAACCCAAGCAUGUGAGGCCUAAGAUCAUCACCUACAUCAGGAGGAACCCCCAGGCCCUCGGCCAGGUGGACGCGUCGCUGGUUCCAGUGGGGCUUCCUUAUGCUCCGCCCACGUGUAGCGUGCCUCUUCCCAAAGAGGAGAAGGCGGCGAGUGCGGACCUGAAGCCGGCCGCCAGCCUCUACGAGAAAUUCAAGCCAGACUUGCAGAAGCCCAGGGUCUUCAGCUCUGGAUUGAUGGUGUCAGGGAUCAAGCCCCCGGGACACCAUUUCAGCCAAAUGAGUGAAAAGUUUUUGCAGGAGGUUACAGAACACCCUGGAAAAGAAGAAUUUUGUUCUCCUCCUUAUACUCACUACGAAGUUCCUCCAACUUUCUACCGAUCGGCCAUGCUCCUUAAACCCCAGCUGGGAUUGGGAGCAAUGUCCCGUUUACCAUCUGCAAAGAGCAGGAUCCUGAUUGCGAGUCAAAGGUCUUCAGCAAGCGCCAUCCACCCACCAGGACCCAUAGCAACAGCUGCCAGUCUCUACAAUCCCGACCCUACAGGUGUGCAUGAUCUCAGUGGGGGAUGGCUUAACUGCACUGGUUCCCUUGGAGAUUUUUCAGCAGAUUUGAAGAAAGCCUCCAGUUCAAAUGCUGCAAAAUCCAAUCUACCCAAAUCUGGCCUGCGUCCUCCCGGAUACUCGCGUCUUCCGGCAGCCAAGCUGGCGGCGUUUGGCUUCGUGCGGAGCUCCAGCGUGUCCUCGGUCUCCAGCACCCAGUCGGCGGACAGCGCGCAGCCCGAGCAGAGCCGCCUGGCCAACCGUUCAACCUUUGGGAAUGAAGACCAGCCGGCUCUGAAGGCAGCUCUGCCUUCCAAAGACGCACCCAAGGGGGCCAGCCGGGCAGCCCCUCCAGCAUCCUCCAGUGUGACGACACCCCGCAGGAGUUUGCUUCCGGCGCCAAAAUCCACAUCCACACCCACUGGAACAAAGAAAGAAGCACAAAAAGAUCAAGAUGCUAAUAAACCUGCUGUUUCAUCUCCUAAGAGAACAACAGCUUCAGCCACCAAGCUUCAUUCGCCAGGGUACCCCAAGCAGAGGACCACAGCUCCCCGAAAUGGGUUUCCCCCGAAGCCAGACCUGCAGGCCCGCGAAGCUGAGCGGCAGUUGGUCCAGCGGCUGAAGGAGAGAUGCGAGCAGCAGGCCAGGCAGCUAGGCCUCGUGCGGGGCGAGCUGAGGAGGGCCUUCCGUGGCUUCGAGGCCCUCGCCGUGUCCACGCAGCACUUCUUUGGGAAGAAUGAAAGUGCCCUUGUGAAAGAAAAAGAGCUGUCAAUCGAACUUGCAAACAUCAGGGAUGAAGUUGCCUUCAACACAGCCAAGUGUGAGAAGCUACAGAAGGAGAAGGAGGACCUGGAGAGGCGCUUUGAGGACGAGGUGAGGAAGCUGGGCUGGCAGCAGCAGGCCGAGCUCCAGGACUUGGAGGAGCGGCUGCAGCUGCAGUUCGAGGCCGAGAUGGCACGCCUGCAGGAGGAGCACCGCGCCCAGCUGCUGAGGAUCAGGUGUCAGCACCAGGAGCAGGUAGAAGAUAUCACCGCCAGCCAUGAGGCUACUCUCCUGGAGAUGGAAAGUAACCACACAGUUGCCAUCGCGAUCCUGCAGGACGACCACGACCACAAAGUCCAAGAACUGAUGUCUACCCACGAGCUUGAAAAGAAAGAAUUGGAAGAAAAUUUUGAAAAGUUGCGGCUAUCAUUACAGGACCAGGUGGACACACUGACCUUCCAGAGCCAGUCUCUGCGGGACCGAGCCAGACGCUUCGAGGAGGCUUUGAGGAAAAACACUGAAGAGCAGCUGGAGAUUGCAUUGGCUCCCUAUCAGCACUUGGAAGAAGACAUGAAGAGUCUGAAGCAGGUGUUAGAGAUGAAGAAUCAGCAAAUACACCAGCAGGAAAAGAAGAUUAUCGAGCUGGAAAAGCUGGCGGAAAAGAACAUUAUCCUCGAAGAAAAGAUCCAAGUUCUCCAGCAGCAGAAUGAAGACCUCAAAGCGAGGAUCGACCAGAACACCGUUGUCACGAGACAGCUGUCGGAGGAAAAUGCUAAUCUCCAGGAAUACGUUGAGAAAGAAACCCAGGAGAAGAAGAGACUGAGCCGAACCAACGAGGAGCUGCUUUGGAAACUCCAAACUGGGGACCCAACCAGCCCAGUUAAACUGUCCCCCACCUCUCCCGUUUACCGCGGCUCCUCCUCCGGGCCCUCCUCUCCCGCCAGAGUCAGCACGACGCCCAGAUGACGCCACCACGCGGCCUCCGGGAGCUGCGGCUCCCUGUUCUCCGAGCGCUUCCACCUCCAGGGAGUGUUGGCCGCGGCCGGCCCCCGCUGGCUGGCCCUGCGCGCAUGCUCAGUAGUUGCAUAGCUGCAUCCUAGGCGGAGUCCUCUCCUGAUCCCCGUGUAAGACUGUCCUGGUAUUGGCACUUAGGAAAGUGUAAACAGUAGUGUCUGGUGUGCAAACGUCUGACCGUAGUUAGAGCCAAAACAAAGAAAGAAAGAAACUCCAAUUGUUCUUGAGCGAUGAACUUUCACUGCAGAAUUUCAGGUUAGUUACAAAUAGCUCAGUUUUGAAUAUACAUUGAAUAAUCAUUGUGUAUUGCACCAAUAUGUGUGUAUAUUUAGAUAUACGUAUAUACACAUGUGGCGGUUCUGAAUUGCAUUUUUUAUAACAUGGAAGUGCUGACAUAUUUUGGUGAAGGUCAGCAGUUUUCUAACUUGUGCCUAAGAAUUAUUGGGAAAUGAGAAUGCAUUUCUAUCUAGCUUCCCAGGAAUAUUUCUACCCAAAAUAGAAAAAGGAAAAAAAAAAGCUACAGAGAAGAAGCGCCUUUCAGCCUGCCACCAAGUGGUACUCUCUUUCACGCAAACACCAGCGAUUUGUGGACGGUAACUGCCUUUGAAACAAUCAGCUUCUUAGUCAACCUGACCUGAGGUCACUAUUAUUCCAUUCGCAGGUUUUGAUCACAAACACUCCUGUCGUGAGUGAGUAAGGGACAGCAGUAGGAAACCCGAGGGGUUCAGCACUUUUGCAGUGUCACUCAUGACAGUGAAUCAUCUAUAGUCUUGUAAACACAAGCUUUACUUUUCUCCUAAACGGUGUCUUGGAAUCUGUCAUUAAGCUGUUGCACCCUCGUAAAAAUAUGGAAGAGCAUGACCUUCUAGAGUGAGAGUGAGAAUGACCUUGGAGUUGGCCAAGGCCAUUCGCACUCCGUCCUCCAGAAGGAAAACUGCUGAUAGGGUCUCCUUUGACCAAGCACGGAGUAGGAAAGCAUACUCUGGCUUUUCAUUUGAUUUGCUCUGUUGUGAUACUGUAAAUGGUCAACCCACCAAAAUAUGACCCUCUGGCCUCCAUGUCAUAGGCAAUCCCCCCUUCAGUUUGGUUCUAUUACGCAACCCCAUCACUGUACAUUGAGAUGGCUCAGGGGUUCUAACAGGGGCUUCCAGAAAACCAACUCUUAGGUCAUGGGGAUCAGUUUCAAGCUGUGUGAGAUCAUCCCGUGACCUCCCAGAAACGCAAGUGUAUUUUCUCCUGGAUCGUCAAGCAAUGCCACAGCUGACAGUGGUCCCAUCCUAGGCCCAGGAGGGUCUUCCAAACAGAGGAGCCCAAUGAAACAGCCAGCCAGCGGUCACUGGCUACUGGACUGGCCUUUGUCUCUGAAAUGGUAGAAUUAGAAGGUGAGAGGUAAUCCGUAGUGCUGUGGAAGAUUAGGAGCAUGACACACAAAAGAAAGAAGUAGAUUUAACAGUUGAUAUGGUGAUGAUAAUAUGUCUUUGUUUCCUGUUUGUGACAAAGACCCUGCACUUUUCUCCGUAAGGCACCUCAAAAUUGUCCUGAGCACGGGGCUGUUUUUGAGCAUGCCCAAGGUGAGUGGACUCAUGCAGAAAUGCUCCCUGGGCCAGAGCCUUGGAGCAGGGAAGAAAUGGCCCUAGGUAAGGGGUCGGCUUGCCCAGGGCCCAGCCUGCUGGGUGCAUAUGUGGCCGGCAUGAAGACACACCUGGUCUGUGCUCCUUGUGUGGGUCAUAGCUGGGCUUCCUGACCUCAGGUACAUCUCAUUUCUAGCAAACCUCCUAGAGUCUUUGCCCAUCUUGGGGACACACACAGUCGAUGCACAUUGAAGAAACAUUUCUUUGUUCCUUUAGUGGCUCUGCAUGAUGCUGUGAUAUUGAGUUGGGCAUUCCAUUCCAGUAGAUCAUGCCACGUUGACUAAAUACACAAUUAUUUAUUCUUUCAGCAGGCACCACCUGCAAACACACGUUCGGUGAAGCUCAGCUCUCCGAAUUAGGAACUGCUUCCACAACGGCACGUGCUGAAUGCAGUUCCACAGCAAUACAGACUCAGUGUUAUGUUCCAGUGUGGUUCGGUGUGUUAGCCUGUUGCAGUCAAAGUCAUAGCAGUGUUAAAACUAAGUAACCCUUCACUAGGUGACUCGAGCUUUGCCCUAACCAGCCCUGACCUUGGGUACUUGAGCUAAUUCCUGCAUUGCCCUGGCUUCGUUUCUUCGUCAUGGACACCCAUCACGUUUGGCUCCUGUCCUGAAAAGUGGGGUGGCAGCCGCGGUGCCCCCUCCUCCCGACUCCACCCCCCAGCCCCACUAGGACGUGGACCUCCCUCCACAUGAAGUCUCCCUGUCGUCCUCCUCCAGGCAGGAGCUGUCUCCACGCAGAUGCUGCAGCCUCCCCGCCGGCCUCAUGCACACCCACCAAACCUCACCAACCUCUUGGUGUUUGGGAGACAUGCCAGUGGCCUGCCUCUGCCCCUAGCCCACCACACAGUGGCACCAGGUUCUGACUGGGUGUCAGGGUGGGCGGCAGGUGGGGGCUGGAGGGCUGCACACUCGGUGGUUAUUUGAAUGGGGUCGCACAUUCCUUUUCCGACCCGUGCGGUUUCUGUGUUGCGUAUUUGUGUUUGAAGCAUAUUAAAACUGACUUGAGGGA